CGGACCUUCUACUUUUCCCAACAGCUCUUAGACUUGAGUCACAUUCUCUCUCUUCUAUUCUAAUUCUGAUUUCUAUCUCUCUCUACAAUUCCAAAACCCUACCCCCUUCCAAUUCCAAUUCCAAUUCAUCCUCUAACAUGGGUUCUGAAGGUUCCACUGUCGUCGUUCCUAGGAAUUUCAGAUUAUUAGAAGAGCUUGAGAGAGGUGAGAAGGGAAUUGGAGAUGGAACUGUUAGCUACGGAAUGGAUGAUGCUGAUGAUAUCUACAUGCAGUCCUGGACUGGGACUAUUAUUGGCCCCCCUGGUGGCGUUCAUGAAGGGCGUAUCUACCAGCUGAAAUUAUUUUGUGGCAAGGAUUAUCCAGACAAUCCACCAACUGUUAGAUUUCAGACUAGGAUUAACAUGACUUGUGUCAACCAAGAAACUGGAGUGGUUGAGCCACAUUUGUUUCCUAUGCUUGCUAAUUGGCAAAGAGAGUGUACAAUGGAAGACAUUUUGAUGCAAUUGAAGAAAGAAAUGAUGUCUCCACAAAAUCGGAAGCUAGCUCAGCCACCUGAAGGCAAUGAAGAUGGCAGGAUUGAUCAAAAGGGGCUGGUGCUGAGAUGUUGUAUCAUGUAAUUCAGGUGAGAAUCAAAGAAUAAUAAUGUAAAUAGUUAUAUUCAAUAGAUAAUCCCUUUUGUGGGUUACCACAUUUAUAAAUGUAAUUAUGGACCAUUUGCUUAUGUAACAUGGAGCAAUUAAAGAGCGACUACGUAUCCUUGAAAAUUUACAGUCAAUGAUGUUGAAACUGAUUUUACAGCGGUUUCUAAUUUGGAAGUGUAUAUGUAUUCAUC